AUGGAUAGUAGGGGAGACUUUAAUUUAAUUCUAAAAGCUGACGAGAAGCUAGGGGGUCUACCUGUUCACUUGUCUAAAACUGGUGACUUUGGUCAUUUUGUUAAUAACUGUGGUCUGAUGGAAUUGAAAUUCUCUGGUAGUAGAUAUACUUGGUGGAAUGGCAGAACUGAAGAGGAUUGCAUUUUCAAAAGGCUUGACAGAGUUUUUGGAAAUCAGGAGUUCAUGGAUCUUUUCCCAUCAUUUGAUGUCUCACAUCUUAUAAGGCAUGGAUCAGAUCAUGCCCCUCUCCAUGUUGUGUGUGAUAGUCAAGAGGAGGUGGUUGUUAAGCCUUUUAAGUUCCUAAAUUUUUGGUCUCAACAUCCAAAAUUUUUGGAAUUGGUUCAAGAUAACUGGUGCUUGGAUUUUGCAGCAAAUCCUUUCACUGAGUUUCAGGCUAACAUGAAAAAGAUGAAACUGGCUUUGGCAAAGUGGAGUAACGACACAUAUGGCAAUAUUUUUCUGCAAAUCUCAACCAUAGAUUAUGGUAUCAAGGUGAAGGAACUACAGUUUGAAUUAAAUCCUUCCAUGUUGCAUAGAACAGAUUUACCUAAAGCUCAGGCUGAGUUAAAUAGCUACUUGCAUCUUGAAGAAGAAUAUUGGAAGCAGAAGUCUGGUAUGAGGUGGUUCAAGGAUGGUGAUAGAAAUACUAAGUUCUUUCACUCCUAUGUCAAAGGAAGAAGGAAGAAACUGGCAUGGCAGAGGAUCUAG